UACACUGGAUUAGAAACUCACCACCUUCAUCUUUCUUUAUAACCACAUUCUUCGUUUUUGCAUUUAUUUAGCUGCUGCGUAAUCAUAAAUUUCACAACCUCACGGCCUGGGGUUUACAUCUCGAUGUACCUUGAAAAGCAAGAGAAUUCAUUGUUAAAACAUCGUAUACAUAACUACAUGAUAAACAGUUAUUUAUCAAGUUAAGCGUUACGGUUAUAGGAUAAAGAGCAAUGUGAAGCCACAACAGGAUAUAUCUUUCUCAAGACAAAGUUCAUCAUGUUCCACCUACCAUACACGUUGCUAUAUCCCCCACACAUGUUGUUCCACCUCCCACAUACAAGUUUCACCCAUUACCUCACACUAUUUAUUCAGUACUUUUGUAUAUUAGUAGUGGGUUGGCAAGUUUGGCUGUGGUGUGGGCUGUGGGGGCUGGUGGUAGUGGCUAUGGUCAUAGCUGUUUCACCUAAGAAAAUUCAAAACAUCAUAUGGUUUGCACAUGAGAAACACACGAAGAAAGAUUUAGAGCUUUAUCUGGCUUCUCUUGACAAGCAAGAGUUCAAGAAACUACUGUGGAAUUUCAAGAUGACGAUGCCUUUAUUCUCCUCUUGGGUUAAAUCCGCAGAUGUGGAGAAGCCUGAAUGGCUUUCCAAGGUUAUUACUCAUCUGUGGCCACCAAUCAGUGUUUACAUCGAGAAACACUUGAGACUCGUUGUUGAACCUAAAAUCAACGACUACCUAAAAAAAUGGAAAAUCUUCACAUUUAAAUUCAAGACGAUGAGAGAGCCGUCUGGAGAACCAGAAAUCUUGGGUGUGAAGGUUUAUGAUACAACUCCAUCAAAAGACGUCAUCCUGGAGGUUCAUUUUACAUACACGGGAAACUUCCGGUUCUCAGCAUCUAAUACAAAAUUAGAGUUUGGAACGACACACAUACAGAUAACAGGAAGUGCUCGAAUAAUACUAAAACAUUUACUUCCUCAUCCACCAUUUGUGGGUCAUGUACGCAUUGUUCCCAUCACCAGCCCUGAUGUCAACAUUCAUUUUAGGGGUGUGGCAAAUUGGCCAAUAAUCAGCAAGAAUUUAAUAGAUAGUGUAAAAGAAGCAAUUUCAUGGUCAUAUGAUUUGUCACUGGAUGAAAAGGCUCUCAGUGUUGAAGAAUACAAAUCACCAACACCAGAGGGCGUGAUCAGUCUUAGAGUGACUGGCAAUGAUGAAGUUGACAGCUGCAUCAUCCGUCAGGGAUCCAACAUAUUCAGAGGCUGCAAACCAUGGACUUCUGUCUUUGAGGUUAUCUGUUAUUCACAUGUAAGAGAAAGAGGAAUAGUACUUGAAAUUGAAGCUGAUGAUCACAUUUACAGUGAUCAACUGGAUAUCGAAGAUAUCAUAAAAGAGAAGUAUUUAACGAAACACUAUCGUGUGGCAGACAAUCUACAUUCGUUUUUUUCCACUGAAGCUACAUGGUUUGAACUCACAAAUGAUGCUGUAAUGUUGACAGAGCAGUGGCAGGAAGGUGAAGACCAAGCCAGGAGAACACAGAGCUGUGCAGUACUCAAGGUGUGGCUUGAUUACGCUGAGAUAUUCGUUUUUGACCAAAAGUUGGAUAUUCGGCUUAAAGUUGGCGGAAAGUCAAAACAAAUGAGCAGUUCACUUGUGUAUUCCAAUGGCCAAGAAGGAAUACGAAUUGAAUUUGAAGAGGGCAUCGAUUUCCUUAUUGCAGAUCCUCAAAAACAAAAGUUAAAAAUCCAGGUAAGUACUUUCUUGAAUUACAGAUACUAUAACUUUUGUUAAUCAGGGUUAUUUUGU